AUGGAGCUCCGCGGGUACCAGAUCGAGGCGGUGGCCCCGGCCCUGCGCGGCCGCAACAGCAUCGUGUGGCUGCCCACGGGCGCCGGCAAAACACGCGCGGCCGUGCACGUCUGCAGGCGGCACCUGGAGGGGCGGCGGGGCGGCCGGGUGGCCGUGCUGGUCAACAAGGUGCAUCUGGUGCAGCAGCACUUGGAGAAGGAGUUCCACGUCCUGCGCGAUGCCUUCAAAGUGACGGCGGUCAGCGGGGACAGCAGCUACAGGUGCUUCUUCGGGCAGAUGGCGAAGGGCAGCGAUGUGAUCAUCUGCACGGCGCAGAUCCUGCACAACGCGCUGCUCAGCGGGGAGGAGGACGAGCACGUGGAGCUGAGCGAUUUCUCCCUGCUGGUGAUAGACGAGUGCCACCACACUCACAAGGAAGCUGUCUACAACAAGAUCAUGCUGAGUUACCUCCAGAAGAAGCUCAGCGGGCAGCGGGACCUGCCGCAGAUCCUGGGCCUGACAGCGUCCCCUGGCACCGGGGGGGAAACUUCCUUCGAAGGGGCCGUGGAGCACAUCCUGCAGAUCUGUGCCAACUUGGACACCGAGGUGAUCACAUCAGCCCAGGAGCACGCACAGCACCUGCAGAGCCACGUGCCCCAGCCCAGGAAGCAGUAUGACUUGUGCCAGGAGAGAGCACAGGACCCCUUUGGCCAGAGGCUGAAGAAGAUCAUGGCACAGAUCCAGGAGCACAUGGAUGUGCCUGGGCUGCCGCUGCUGAAGGACUUUGGCACACAGGUGUACGAGCAGCGCAUCGUGGAGCUGGAGAACAAAGCGGCUGAGAGCUUUUGUCGCAAGACGCGGGUGUGUGCGCUGCACCUGCGCAAGUACAACGACGCGCUGCUGAUCAACGACACCGUGCGCAUGAUGGACGCCUUCCAGAGCCUGCAGCAGUUCUAUGCUGAUGAGAGGGACACAAAGGACCCCACCGAGCGCUUCCUGGCCACCACCUUUGGGGAGAACAGGGCCACGCUGCUGGCAUUGGCCGGAGACCAGCGCUACGAAAACCCGCGGCUGAGCAAACUGGAGGAGAUCCUGCAGGAGCACUUCCAGCCCUUGGUGUCAUCUCGUGGCAUCGUGUUCACCAGGACCCGGCAGAGCGCUCACAGCCUGCUCAGCUGGCUGCAGGACACGGCUGGGCUGUGCGGGCGGCACAUCAGGGCGGCUGUGCUCACCGGUACCGGCUACAGCAACCAGGCCAAGGGCAUGACCCAGAAUGAGCAGCAGGACGUGAUCACACAGUUCCGCAGUGGAGAGAUCAACCUGCUCUUCUCCACCAGCGUGGCCGAGGAGGGCCUGGACAUCCCUGAGUGCAACAUUGUGGUGCGCUAUGGGCUGAUGACCAACGAGAUCGCCAUGGUGCAGGCCCGGGGUCGUGCCCGUGCCCAGAGCAGUGUGUACUCUGUCCUCGCCAAAGCCAACAGCCGGGAGGUGUCCAGGGAGCAGCUCAAUGAGAACCUCGUGGAGCUCAUGGAGAGGGCCAUCAGCACAGUGCAAGCCAUGCCCGAGAGGGAGUACCGCCUGAAGAUCCAGGAGUUGCAGAGAAAUGCUGUUCUCAGCUGGCAAGUGAAGGAAGCCAGGAACAACGAGAGGCGGCAGCUGCACGACCCAGAUGACGUUUACUUCCACUGUGUCAACUGCAACGUGGCCGUGUGCCGUGGCAGCGACAUCCGCACGGUGGAGGCCAUUCACCACGUGAACAUCAACCCCAACUUCAGGUUUUAUUAUACAGUCUCAUCUGGGAAAAUACACUUUGAGAGGACUUUCAGGGACUGGGAGCCCGGGUGCCGCAUUGUGUGCAGUGAGUGCAGGCAGGAGUGGGGAAUAGAGAUGAUCUACAAGAGCGUGACGUUACCCAUCCUCAGCAUCAAAAACUUUGUGGUGGUGACCCCGGAUGAGAAGAAGAAGUACAAGAAGUGGAGCAGAGUGACGUUCCCCAUCGAGGAGUUCAGCUACCUGGAGUACUGCUCCAACAGCCAGGACGAGUCCCUGUAGUGAUGAAUCACCCGGGGCUGCUCCCAGGCCACACCUGGGGUGCAGGAACCUUUCCAUCACCUUCAACACAGGACAGUGCUUCGGGACCGUGCAGGCGGGCUGCACCUCUCUGCUCCCUGCAGAUGCGUCACCGCCUGUCCGUGCUUUGUUGUAUGCAGCCCUGCGGGAGGACGUGGCACCGGGAUGGGACAGCCCCGUUCCCCCGCUGCCGGACAGCCGCUCCCGUCCCUGCAGCGCUGGGGAUCGCACCGCGGCGCUGCAUCCGCACGGCGAACCGACGGCCCCGCGGUGCGAUCCGGCGCGUGUCUGCUGUAUGAAGUCGGGCAUCCUGCGUUGUAAACGCGCGUGGUUGGUACCUGGGAAUCUCUGGGCGGUCUCUUCCAUCGUGCGAGCUGGGUUCGGGGCAAAGAACGCGUCACCCUGUUCGUAUUCCCAUCCCGCUCCUUCUCCCCGUCCCUCCCCGCUGUGCUCUCCCGAUGGCGGUCGCUAGAGGGAAGCGCACUCCCGUCCCGCUGCGUUGGGCUGCCCCGGGGGUUCGGCUUGUUCGGGAGCAGCGGCCGCCGCCGUGGGGCUCAGCCCAAAUUCAGGUGGGGGUCCCCUGGGGGCUGCGCGAAGUUGCGCUCCCGCUCCGCAGAAAGCGGGUAAUGAGGCCGCGUGAGUUAUUUACGGCUCCCCGUGGGCUGCGGUGCCCUCUCCCCAGGAUAAGGCCCCUCUGUGGGGACCCCAGAUCAUUUUGCUGAGCUCUAAUUGCCCUGAUUCGUGCUUGGAGAAUCCAGGCCGCGAGUUAACCUGAUGGUGCCUGCAGCACUGACCUGUCAGUCUGCAUGGAGCCAACUGUUCCCUUCCCUCUUUGCUCCCUCAAACCAAGGGAGCUCCAAGCUUCCUUGUCUUUAGAGGUGUUGCAGACCCCAUGGGAUACGGGACCAGGAGAGCGUUGCGAUGUGGGGCUGUGUGGGGUUUGGAAGCAGCUCAUGGUCUGCAUCAACCCUCUGCUCCUUCCUCCCAUCCCCGCUUCACCCCCAGCCCCGUCUGGCUGCCCUCUCCCUGGAGGGAGGCAGACAGCAGCCGAGCUACAGCGAUUGCUGCUGUGACCUUGGCUGGUGUCCUUCAGAGCCACUGUCCUUCAGAGGGAGAAGUCUGUAUAGAAGUCCCCUUCUUCCCCCCCCCCCAGCAUCUCUGCCAUACAUCCUCCUGGGGCUGGGGCAGUGCCACCUCCAGGGCUGCAUCCUCAGCGCAGGGCAGGGGCUUCUCCCCUCCCAUCAGCAGUUCAAGUCAUUCUCACUCCCAUCUGGUCUGCUGUGUGCUCUGUCCUCAGAGCCAGAGGGACGUGAGGGGUUCCCAUUUCCCAGGUCCGUGUACUCCUGUCCCCCACUUCCUUGUUCAGCCCAGGGCUGGGCAGGCUUCUCCUGUGAUUAAAACAGACUGAGAGCCCCACUUCAUCACUACAAUUGCCCUGUCAAUACACAGGCAUUAGCGAGGGCUGCUGGACCAGUCCUUGCACACUGACACAUCCCUGUCAAUAACCCCUGGAUUUAAGCCCAUGGCUUAGAGCAUCUUUGCUUAUCUCAGCUCCCCAAAGCACUUACGUUCCUGGCCUUCAUAACUCCCUGCCUGUAAGCACAGUCAGGCACCAUUAGACCUGGAGCAAACAGCUGCAGCAGCAAAUUCUGCAGCUAUAAGUGCCAUGAAGGUGUUUUCUACCUGCUCUGUAGCAGGUGAGGGCUCUGUAUGGGGUUGGCUCACAGUGCAGGACCGUCCUGCAGCAGUGCAGGCUCACAGAGCUCUCCCAAGUGAGGACAAUGCAAGGAUUUAUUUGUAUUCAGCCCAUUUCAUUUAUCUCUGGCACAUCACAGGGCGACAAUUCACCUCUCAGUGCACCAGCUGCAAAAAGCUCUGCUCCCUCUGCCUGGAAGCGCCUCAGAUUGGCCCUUCCUGAGGCCGGGUGUUUAACAGAGACUUACAGCUCAAUCUGUUUAGCUUAUCGAAAAGUAGCCUGAGAUGUGCCUUGAUUGCAGUGUACAAGCACCUUCCUGGGGAGAAAAGUGCCAGGUAUUAAAAGCCCUUUAACUUUG